AUGGAAAACUAUAACUAUAACUACCGCAGCUUGUCCAACGUUUAUGACCAAACGAAUCCCUAUCCGUUGAUGGACUUUGAAUCAAUCCAUAGGCGCGCUACAGCCGAGCGUUUAGGCGAUGUAGGCUACGAUUGCCCUCAACCUUCGAUAUACCAACAUCAUGAACAUCAGGAUAGUUGCUAUAAUUACCGGGGGCCUCGUUACAGUCCACAUCCGGAAAAUUAUCAAUCCCCUGUAAUGGAGCUCGAGACAUACUCCUGUGGGGACCAAGAUUAUGGCAUAUCGAGCUUGCGCUUGGCCGAAGAGAAUAGCGUAGAUCACUCAUCGCCUGUGCAGCAGACGUUUUUGCCAGUUCCUUCUAGCCCUGCGAUGCAGCUACCCCAGUCCCCAUGGACGCAAUACAGCGAAGAUGAAUUCAGCCGAAACUUUGAGAAUACCCCCCAAUACACGCCCUACGGAGAAUUACAGCCUGGGAGUGGUAUGAACAAUAGCCACUAUUUCCAGUCUCCGAGAACAACAGUGGAAGAUAAUAUCACAAAUCUUGGAUACCAGCCCCAUUACUCGUCAGAUCUAGAUGACAUCCCUACUACCGCGAUCUGCAAUACCUCUGGCAAGACCCACAAUAAUCAAGAGAACAACACUACUGGAAUCAUCGAGGAGAAAGAGACCCCAAUUCUGGAGCCGCCGAUCGAUCAAAAAAAUAAAAGUGUCGACGUCAGAAGUGCAGGCUUGUCUUCUGCCCCGGGCCGACGAUACAAGUGUCCAGUCAGGGGAUGCAAUUUGCAGUUCAAGCGACGUGCUGAAAUGGAUCGUCAUAAGGAGUCUGUUCACCAGCCAUCUCCUGGACAUCUAUGCCCCAUACCGGGAUUUGAAGCACGAAGUCAAGUUCCCGAAAGGCAGGAGAUCCCGCAGAACGUAAUAAUCCCGGCAAUCAAAAAUCAUGGGGAAGAGGGCGGGAAACUUGCCGGAUCAAUACCAGGGAAGUGGAUGCAUGCGGGUGGAUUGUCGAAACAGUGUCAAAAAAGCAGGGCACACCGUGGCAGUUGUCAAGCCCAGUUACCUAUUGCCGAAGCGCACCUCACUAUGCUCAUUGGCAGGCAUCAGCUGCAGCCAAUAGGGCGUCGUGCACCAACUAUCUUUGCGAGGAUUUCCUGGUUCACUAUCUCCGGUAUUUGGAGCACGAGAAGAAAACAUCCUUGA